AAUUCUCACCAGCGGUGUUUUGGUAGUACAGUGAGGGAUUUCUCAAUAGUUAGGAAGAGUGUUCAAACUAACUGAUUGAUCGUUGCCAAUAAUAAGGUUUGUUGUGUUUUUUUAUGUAGAAUUGACAGGUCUAAUCACAAAUGUUGCUGGCGGAAGUGAAAAAGCUAAAAGUGGCCGAAUUGCGUGCCAUGUUAACCGAGCGAGGUCUCGACCCAAAAGGCCUGAAGGCCGAGCUGGUAGGUCGGCUCAUAUCGGCGAUUGAAGCUGGCGUUGAGCCCAUUAAAAGUGGAAGUGAAGGAGGAGAUGUAUGUGAGACGAUUGAUCAAACGAGUGAAACUCCUGCAGAGGAGCAACAAAAAGAGAGGCGCGUUAAAGCGCAGUCUCCAGUAUGCACUAUUCCCUCCAGCCAGAGUAUGCAUACUUACACUGAUCAGAGUACACAAACCGAGCCGUAUCAACUGUGUUCAUGCGCUGUCACGAGUAACACACCGCAGCAGCAGACCUCUAGGAACUCGGAGGACAUUAUUAAAGAUCUACAUCAACAAACAAAGGGCGUACAACAGCAGUCAGCCGAUCCCGUGGAUCCUGUCGCCUUGGCAACCGCUGCUGCAGUGGACCAGGAUGCUGUGUCAGAAUGCUCAUCAACAGUCUUUGCAAAUCCAGUGUCAGAUGGACCACGUGAGCAAGAUCACUUGCUCAAUAUACAGACAGAUGAACCUGAGACUGUGGAUACCACCCUGGAGGAUAGAGAAGGAAUGAAGAGGCUUAAUGGCGAGAGAGGCAGAGAUUUUUAUGAGUUUAAAGAGGAAGUUCAUUACAACAGAGCUAAGACACCAGAGCCUCUGCUGGACACUGGAGAUGAAUCUGAAAUAGACUUUGAGGAUAUUAGACUGGAUUCCUAUAACUGUGACCUGCAUUUCGAAGUGAGUUCUGAUGGAAGCAGUGGACAGCCUUUGCUCUGGGAGAAAUUCCCUCUGCUUUGGUCUGGGUGUAGAUUGACCCAUGGAUUUUGUCAAGGAAAGGUCGGAUUCGAAGCAAAGUUUGUGAAGUGUCUGUCGACGCCUGCGUUAGACACGAGUUAUGUCUCCGACCUGCACAUGCUCAGAGUGGGUUGGUCUGUGGACAACACAAGCUUUCAGUUAGGAGAAGUAGAGCUUUCGUAUGGUUUUGAUGGGCGUGGCAAGAUGGUAACAAAGGGACAGGAGGAGGAGUUUGGUGAACCCUUCUCAGAAGGGGACAUCAUUGGGUGUUUCGCUGACAUCAGUGAACGAGGAGAAGUGUCACUUUCAUUUCACAAAAACGGACGUUUUCUUGGAGCGCCGUUUCAGGUGACCGCGUCCGCUCUAAAAGGUCAAGCUCUCUAUCCUCAUGUACUUUGCAAAAACUGCUCAGUAUCGGUUAAUCUCGACCCAGAUAGUACCUGGCAUCCAUUCCCUGCAGGUUUCUGCACGCUGACCUCACUUCCUCCUGGUCAGAGGACUCGCGCUCUUUUACCGCCAGCAUCAAGAAGUGACUGUGAGGUGUUGUUGAUGGUUGGUAUGCCAGGUUCUGGAAAGACCCACUGGGCUCAGUCUCAUAUUGCUCAGAAUCCACGGAAACGUUAUAAUCUUCUAAGUACAAACUCUGUAUUGGACUGCAUGAGGAUGCAACCUGGAGGCAGUCAUAGAGAUCUGAUGUUACAGCAAGCCACUCAAUGUGUCAGUCAUCUGAUCAGAAUAGCUGCAAACAAACGGAGGAACUACAUCAUUGACCAGGUCAACAUCUAUCCAUCUGCCCAGCGACACAAAAUGAUGUGUUUCCAUGGUUACCAUCGAAAAGCAGUGGUGGUUUGCCCAGAAGAUGCGGUGUGGAAGAGACGUCUCGUACAGCACCGGAAGGAGGAAGGCAUGGAUAUUCCAGAAAUAUCCCUUUUGAAAGCCAAAGCGAGCUUCACGCUGCCACAGCAGAAUGAUGAGUAUUUGGAUGAAGUGAUGUUUGUGGAGCUCUGCUCGGACGAGGCCUCGAAGCUCCUGACACUGUAUAAAGAAGAAGCACGGAAACUUCUACCCACACCUCCGAAACGCAAAAAACACAGACAUGGAAGUCAGAAGCGCCUCGUACAUCAUUGUGGAUGGAGAGGAGGUCCAUAUAGGUGUCAAUCACAUAACCGUUGCUUACUAGAGAAAAAUAGUUGGCAUCAGCCUUCCUCUGGUCAGUCUUACGGGUGCAGCAGUGACCCACAGAGAUACAGGAAGUAUUACAGACCCUACACUGGACAGUGGUGUGACCAAACCCAGGAUUAUUACAGCAGCUUGAAUUAUGGUUGUUCAACUUGAGUUAAUUUUUGUGCUUUUAAAAAAAAACUUUUGUAUAGCAGGAUGAUAUUUAAACACUCCACUGCCACCACAAUCAUACAAUGUUUUAUUUUGAUAAUUCAUCCUUUUAAAAACUGUUCUCCCUGUCUGUAACUUUAUUAACAAAUGUCAUUGCUCACCACAUCUACCUUGCUAGAAUGUGUUUUUUUUUCCCUUUAUUUGAUAGUAUGUAAGGAGAGGACAUAAAACUCAAUAUCAAACCCAUAUGAUAUGUGACCCUGUACCACAAAACCAGUCAUAAGUAGCACUGGUAUAUUUGUAGAAACAAUACAUUGUAAGGGUCAAAGUUAUUGCCAUUAGGAUAUUAAGUAAGGGAUAAUGUAGAGGCAGCCGGUAGUUAUUGGGAAAUAAGCCCCGACAGUGUGAUCAGGACUCGACGCGAAGCGGAGGGUCUUGUAUCACACUGAAGGGGGUUAUUUCCCAAUAACUACCGGCUGCCUCUACAUUAUCCCACUUAUUACACGGCUACUUGCCACAUAAGAAAAAAAACUGGACAUGAAUAUGAAUUUUAAACAUUUUAUUGGCAUAUUUGUUUUAAAUUAACAUUUUUAUCCUUCCGCGAAACUUUGCACAGAUGCAUAAAAUGAUCGCAAUACCUUAUUAAGAUCCUCUGCUUCAUACUUGUCUGUCUCCAUUUUUUUCUCUUUAACCAGUCUUUGAGAAGUUUUAAUCCCCAUUCUUUAUUUUUGUGUGUGUUGGCUUCGUAGCUGUCAUGCUCUAUUUUGUCAAGUUCAGUCUCAGUAAGCUGUCUGUGUCUUGUCGUGGUUGUCGAGUGUUUGUCACAAGAUGGCGCCAAACAGAUAAAGAUCUUAUUGAUCUUUAUUGGCGCGGAGCGAUUUUACUCGUGCAAGUAGUCCGGCUAUGCGUUAUUACUUUGGAGCGGUUAUUAUUUGAAAUAACGAACCUGCAAAUGUCUCAACUGACCAAUCAGAAUCAAGCAUUCCAGAGAGCCGUGUAAUAAGUAAAGAUCAUGUUCUUCUGUGAAGAUAUUCUGUACAUUUUCUACUGUAAAUAUAUAAACAUGUAGUUAUCAUUA